AUGAACCGGCUGUUUGACAGGGUGGCUGCCGCAGCGCUGCAUGGGACCACAGAAAUAUGACCGACAAUGACCUCGACCGUAGCGUGUGUUAGCUCUUAGCUCUUAAUUCGACACUUGUAAACAAACGGUUUAACCAUUGCUUGUAUUAUUACUCUUGAGUCAAUUAGCCUACUUCCGUUUUCAUACCUAGACAGCGAGGCACAUUUAGCGCGUGUCCGUGUGUUGUAGCUCUAUAAUUUGCAUUAAACAAUGGACAAAGCCAAAUCGGCGAUGGACCAGAACGGAGUUGGGUAUACAAACGGCGUGCACAAGCCGAUCCGACGACAGCUGAGCAACGGGAGCUGUAGCCCGGUCACCACGACGGACGAAAAUCACCAUCACCACCAAGACCCUCAAAACGACGGGUCCCCGGCGAAGAGGUGUCGACUGUGGAGGCGAGUGGAAUCUGCGAAGAAAAGCAGACCACCCUUUCCCUGGUUCGGGUUGGACAUCGGCGGUACUUUAGUCAAACUUGUUUACUUUGAACCGAAAGACAUCACUGCAGAGGAGGAGCAGGAGGAGGUAGAGAAUCUGAAGAGCAUACGCAGGUAUCUCACCUCCAACACUGCUUACGGCAAAAGCGGUGUCCGUGAUGUCCACCUGGAAAUACACAACCUCACCAUCUGCGGACGCACAGGAAACCUGCACUUCAUUCGCUUCCCCACCACUGGCAUGCAUAGAUUCAUCCAGAUGGGCAGAGACAAGCACUUCUCAAGCUUGCAUACCACUUUAUGUGCCACGGGGGGCGGAGCUUACAAGUUUGAGAAUGAUUUCAGAACGAUGGGAGACCUGGAGCUGCUGAAGUUGGAUGAGUUGGACUGUCUGAUCCAGGGGCUGCUGUACAUGGACUCGGUUGGCUUUAAUGGUCAUCCUGAGUGUUAUUACUUUGAGAACCCAUCUGACACGCAGAACUGCAUCAAGAGACCAUGCUGUCUUGACAACCCUUUCCCCAUUUUGCUGGUUAACAUUGGCUCGGGCGUCAGCAUUCUGGCAGUGUACUCCAAAGAUAACUACAAACGUGUGACGGGCACUAGUCUCGGAGGAGGGACGUUUUUGGGGCUGUGUUGUCUGUUGACGGGUUGCGAGACAUUUGAAGAGGCUCUUGAGAUGGCUAGUAAAGGGGACAGCACCAAUGUGGAUAAACUAGUGAAGGAUAUCUAUGGAGGAGACUACCAGCGUUUCGGCCUGCAGGGCUCAGCAGUGGCUUCAAGGGUCUCAUGUGACUCAAACUAUUUUGGACACAUGAUGAGCAAAGAGAAGAGAGACAGUAUUUCCAAAGAGGACCUGGCCAGAGCGACUUUAGUUACUAUUACCAACAACAUUGGCUCCAUCGCACGCAUGUGUGCAGUCAAUGAGAAAAUUGAACGUGUUGUUUUUGUUGGGAACUUUCUGCGCAUAAACACAGUGUCAACGAAGCUUCUUGCAUAUGCUAUGGAUUUUUGGUCCAAGGGCCAAAUGAGAGCCCUCUUCCUGGAACAUGAGGGAUACUUUGGAGCCGUUGGAGCUUUCUUAGAACUGCUGAAAUCAUCUUUAGAUGACUAAAAGAAAGACAUCGACUACUUAUCGACUACUUAUCCACAGAAGGACUUCCACACAGAAAUCUGAAAGAAGCCAUAAUAGUAAUUACUUGUAAAUAACUUUGAAAAAAGGUUUUUAAAGAUAUUUUUAUGAAUAACACGGUCUCUUUCAGACUCUAACUGAACAUUUCUUUUUUCUGUUGUUUUUCAUUUUGUACUGUUUGUAAAUAUCUCUACUGUAUAUUGAACAGGAAAAGUUUAACCAAGGCCAAAUCGUGCUGUGUUAAAGUUUCCUUAUUCUUGAACUGGCACUAGGCGAAAGGGGCACAUCUGUAUUUAACUGUUCUCUUUAUGUGGCCCUUGCCAGAUAGUGGACCUUUAAACUGCUGUUUAGACCCCAAAUAAUGUUUAACAAUGUUUAACAAAUUAUUCUGGUUAUACAAGUCUUUGUUUAAGAUUUCUGCAUAACAUGAAAUAACCUUUUAUGGUUCGUUCUCCGUUCACUCUUCACUGCUGUUAGCGUUUUUUCAUUCGUUCGUUCAAACGGGAAUCAGUUCAUUGUGGUAAUUUAUAGACGAAAAUGCGCGCUGAUUCACAUGAAGCCUUUCAUUUCUCACAUGGUUUUAAUUUUAAGAAGGAUUUCUAUGGGACCAAGUGGCCAAUUUAAAAUUGUCACUUCCGUUAGGAAACUACUGUAAUGUCCCAUGUAGAGUAGGUACAUGAUACUUGAUAUAGAACUUACAACGGAGAAAAAUACAAUGACUUUUAAAAUUGUGUUUUACAAAAUAGGCCAGUUAGCUCUGUCUGGUUUGUGUGAGCUUUGCCUCUAUCCACCCUGCCUUUUUUCUGUUGCUGUGUCUUUACCGUCAAACCAAAGUCACUUUACAAUCUAAAACUGAUUAUAUAAACAUACCUCGUGUUUAGCUGCCUUUCUCUGGUCUAAACAGCAGUAAUGAUGUACUCAGAGUAGCAGGGUGCAAAGUUUCCUCGCCAUUCAAAUAUCAAACAUGUUUAGACGGUUCAGUGGCUUUCCAUUGUAGUGCCAAACUGUAAGACGGAGAGGUCAAACCCGACAGCCUGCUAAUUCAAACACUUUUGCUUUGUCAGGCCAUGUCCUGUGUCGCCUCAAUAACUAAAUUACUUCUCAUGAAAGUUGCCUGCUAUUAUUCUUCAGAUUAAUAUAGUUGAAAGCUGCUAAAGAAAAAAACGAUCAUCUUUGUAUUUGUUUUUACCUUCAAUGUGAGAUUUUCUAUGUAAAAACGGUUGUAUAACUAAUUUAAGCAUAAUAACGACUUUGUUUGGAUUUGGUAUUAAGAAAGUUAACAUAUUUGGUGCACAGUUGCAAUUUAUCUGAUUUUUUAUGCAAGUACACUGCAUAAAAUUGUAUGUUCAAGCAAAGCUGUCAACCACUCUCUCUCAUUUGCUCAUAUUCAAAAAUCAGCUUUUUGUAAAUGUGGUUGGCUUCCUCUUAUAGAGUUUAAAAAAAUGUUAUAUCGCUGCUCAUGGAAGCAGUACGUAUCUGCUGCCAGCUUUAACAAAAUUAUGAUUUUAGUGGCUGAAGGCCAGUCCUCUUGCAAUGCAGUAAAAUCAAUUGUCCACGAUGUUGUUUGCAUACGGCAGUUUUGGGGAGUCAGUCUGCUAUUCUCAGAAAAUUUCUGUCUGUGAUACUGCUGUGCUAAAUGAGAGUUUGAGCUUUCGGGGCAGAGGGUUCCUUUCUCUUUGAGAUUUGUGUGUGUUUUCUUUAGGUUCCUGCUGAGAUUGUUAAGACUUGCUUUGCUCAAUACAGUUUGUGGAAAGAUGUAAAUAGUAAUGCCUUUCUAUCUCUGCUUUGACAGAAGCCACUGUUUUUCUUAGUGAAAGUUGUGACUUCACUAUAUAAAAUGGAACACUUGAUAUGUGUGUGUGCACUGGAUUUAUUGGAUGUAGAGACUCCAGAAAGGGCAUUUAAGACAAAUAAAAUAUUAAACAGA